AUGAAUAAUCAACAAGCGGUUGUCCAACCUGCUCAAGUAGUUGCCCCUGCUGGUGCUCUCCCUGCCGAUGCUCCGCUUGCCGGUGCACCUCUAAAUGAGGUAGCUGUCGUUGCUGUCGAAGUCCCUCAUGCCCCUGCUAAGCCUGCUCCCCUGGGUGCUCCUGCCCCUGCUGAUGCUCUCCCUGCCGAUGCUCCGCUUGCUGGUGCACCUCUAGUUGAGGUUGCUGUCGUUACCAUUGAAGUCCCUCCUGCCCCUGCUAAGCCUGCUCCCCUCGGUGCUCCUGCUCCUCCUGGUGGUCCUCCUGCCGCGCUGGUCGUUGCCAAACCUGCCGCCAAACCUGCUGCACCAGUCAAUCGUCAGAUCACAGUGCACUACGCCAACAUUGAAUUUGACAUUACUGUCAAUGGCAACACGAGGUACAGAGACCUCCGAGCAAGAAUUCUCGAGAAUCCUGAUAGUGCCAACUUGCAUAACUUGCGCAAUCUCCAAGGAUGUAUCAUCGAGUACCAUCCAGCUGCUGUGAAUGCUGCCGUGGCCAACGCCAACGCUCUGAUCCCUGCUGGCACCGAGCACAUCUACAUCACUGAGCCUUCUGGUAAGUACUGA